AUGGAACGUCGGAGACCUUCCUUGCACGGUUCAGAGUCUUCGGCAUCGCCCGACUACUAUCCUCUCCACCCCCCGUUCAGUCUCCCCGGCCACGACGAUUUUGACGACGAGAACCAAGGCGUGGAUGACAUCCACGGCACGUCUUUGGCCACCUCCUCCGCACCCGUCAACCCGAUCAAUCCUGCCAAUCCGGCUUACCGUAACUCCCUCGCAUUAGCAUCGCCUGCAACCUACACCCCAUGGACCGCAGACCUCCCCAGGCAUUCUCGCACUGGUAGCGGGGGAGGCUCGAUCGCAAGCUUUGAGAGACAGCACCCUUCCGAGAUGUCUGAACGAGACCUGAGGCCACAGCGCCCGAGCGGUCCAGCCAGGACACCGUCCAAUACCUAUGCGCCGCCACGGCGGCCUCCUCAGUUUACUGCUCAUUCAAGUAGCCAGCUUCCCUACGCAGGAAAGCGACCUACGCGGCGCGACCCCAAUGCCCAGUAUCGAGCCCAAGAGAAGGCCUAUGUUCAAAGGGUGAGGCAAGGACCGCCAAAUGAGUGGUUUAACUUCGGUACCCAAAUACCCGGUAUGCCUGAUAUUGACUUGGAGCUCGAAGACGAAUCACCAUCCUCGGAGACCCAGUUUAACGAUCCGUACGAUAUCGAAACAAAUUUGGUUCUAGAAAACGAGAAUAUUCAACCCACAUUAGAAGAACUUCAGAACCCGAAAAUUAGGGAGAGGUUGGAAUGGCACUCAAUGCUCGCGUCUGUGUUAAACGGGGAUGUUGUCAAGCAGGAGAAACGGCGGCUUAUUGUGACCAGCGCCCCCAAAGGUCUAUCAGAUAUCAACGGUGAUGUUUGGUAUGGAAUUCGGGCAAAAUUAUGUGGCCGGCCAGAACCCUUGCAGAGAAAGAUUGUCGAGCACGAUAGGUCACAACUAGGCCCUGUCCUGGAGGAGAUCAUUUCUUUUAAGAUCAAAGACCACCACAAACGUGCCGACUCGGGGGAAUUCACCGCCAGUUGUGAUGCCAUCAUCUCAUGGCAUAAUACGACACGACUUAUCAAUACCCAAUUUGCGAUCCUUCAGCGAUGGGUUGGCAAUGAAGAAUUAAACUUUACUUUGCCAGUGACAAGGCCUUCGCACGCUGCAGAGCUCGCAGAUGAAGGCUCUUUUCUUGAUCGCAUCAUGAAGGAAGACGGCUUAAAUUCCCUUCAAGGAGAUAACAGCAUUCUAGAUGAAUUCGGGCGGAUUAGAAACAAAGGCAUGUUGGAUGGGAUUGGCGACGUUAUCAAGAAAGCCAAAAGCACUCUAAUUGAGAAUUAUGAAGCCUUCGCGGAACGCCACCUCCCUCCAUACAUUGAAGAACUACUCAUCUUGAUUAGCUUUCCUUCUCGUCUGAUUGUGGAGAUCAUCCGCGUCCGCCUCUCAUAUGCCAAGAAAAUGAAAGACCCCGGACAGCAGUCUCCUAUGUUGCUCGAUCAAAUGAUUGUGCAAUUUCAGAUCUUGAUGAAAAUCGCCGUCGACAUUAAGCAGCGAUACCUGAUUAUCUCCGAACCUGAGCCGGGAUGGGAACUUCCGCCAUGUUUCGAGGAGAAUUUUGAUACAGUCGUCGUCGACGCACUAAAGUAUUACUUCAAACUUUUGAAUUGGAAGCUUAGUGCAAACAAAAAUACAUUUAAAGAAGCGGAAAUUUUGGAACAGGAAUGGGACUUUUCAAACGAAAUUGGCCGUCAAUUUGAAGGCGGGGAUAUUGAAGUCGCAGAGCAAUUCAGCACGUUAACUGCCAAGGCACUGCAGCGGUUGAUGCUUCAUUUCGAACGAGAACUUCUCAGUAAGCCGGAAGAGGAUGCCGUGGAAUCAGAAAAGCGAUAUAAACAAAUCCUUGACUCUGUGCGAGUGCGCCAACGAAAGUUAUUCCGCUUUUCGCGAUUUCUACGCGAACGAUUUGAAAAUGCAACCGAGUUUCAUCUAAAAGAUGAUAUAGUUGACACGUUCUCGGAAGCAUUGUUAGCAACUGGCCAUUUCCUCGUUACCUCCCUUGAUGCUGUCGGACAAAAAGGCGUGUCUCUCAUUGCAUCUCCUUCGUUGUUUGGUCGUUCUAAAGACAUUCAGUCUAUCCUUGGAACUUCAUUUCGAGCUGAAGAUGUGCCAGAAGAUCCUUCGAAUCCUUAUAUUCUUGUUAUUCGUCCUGAAAAACCCUUCCGUUGGAGCGGGAAAAGGAUGGAAGUCGAUCUUUUGGAACAUCCAACAGAUGUAAGGCUGGGAAAGUUACGUUUAGUUGCAGAUGGUUCCCAGCAGCGCCUCCAGGACGCUCGAACCGAACUUACUCGACUAACGGGUCUGGAAUUCGACGUUACAGUGGAACAGCGGGCCAAUCUGGGCCGGGUAAACGUCGAGUUGAACAAAAUCAAGAAAACAGCGUGGAAGCUCUCGAAUGCUAUCAUUGAUAGUGUGGAAAUAAUUCGAAAACAAAACCAGGGAGCAGGCAACCAGGAACUGAUUCAAUCAUGCUUUGCCUUUGCCACUGAAUUUGGCAAGAGAUCGUUGAUGUAUAUGGAACCGACUCGCCGUUCGAUGAAUCAGGGUAAACUGGUGAGGUUAGGUGUUGACUGGGUUUCGUUUAUAUGCGAUGAUUGCGAUGCUGCCGAUCGCAGAACCUUCAAGUGGGCUGUUGCAGCUCUCGAGUAUGCCAUGGCUAUCACCCACGGCCAUAGCAUUCUCGGGUUAAGUGACGAAGACUACUGCUUGCUGCGCGUCAAAGUGGCAGGUUGUAUGGCAACAUUGAUAUCUCACUUCGACAUCAUGGGAGCGCGGUCAACCCUGGCCGCCAAAGCAGAGAAGCUCCUCCUCAUGGCUGGGAAGUUUGACCUUAGCAAAUCAAUGGAUGAUGCCGAGGCUGAGGGAGCCGUGCAUGAGCAACGAUACCAACGGGUUGUCGAGCUAGAAGAAGCGAUAGAGGCUUCAAAUAGCAAGCGGCGCCCACUAGGCAAAGUCCUAGAAGGCGUUAACGAAGCUGAUCGGUCAUUGGCUGUACUAUCGUCGUCAGCAACGAACGUCACUCUCCGAUGGCAGCAAGGCCAAUUUAUUGGGGGAGGUACUUCAGGUUCAGUUUACGCUGCGAUAGAUCUUGAUACGAGUUAUUUGAUGGCGGUGAAGGAGAUUAAGCUGCAAGAACCUUCCGUGAUUCCUGGCGUUGCACAGCAGAUUCGAGACGAGAUGGCUGUCCUUGAAGUUCUUGAUCACCCCAAUAUCGUUUCGUAUCGUGGCAUCGAGGUUCACCGUGACAAAGUAUAUAUAUUUAUGGAAUACUGUUCCGGCGGAUCUUUGGCAACACUCCUUGAACACGGUCGAAUUGAGGAUGAAACGGUUAUCAUGGUUUAUGCGCUACAAAUGCUCGAAGGCCUUGCAUACCUGCACCAAGCAGGCAUCGUUCACCGUGAUAUCAAACCUGCCAACAUUCUCCUGGACCACAAUGGGGUUAUCAAAUAUGUUGAUUUUGGCGCUGCCAUGAUCAUCGCUCGGCAAGGCAAGACAUUAAAAGCAAUGGACCAGUAUGGUGGCAAUUAUAAAGACGCAAAUGGCGUAGCAAAGGACCAUGCUCAGCGGAAAAAUCAAAAGUCCGUCACCGGCACCCCGAUGUAUAUGUCGCCGGAGCUUGUACGUGGCGAAGUUGGACAAGGUGACCGUCACGGUUCCAUGGAUAUCUGGUCUCUUGGUUGUGUGCUUCUAGAGAUGGCAACCGGAUUGCGUCCAUGGGCUGGUAUCGACAAUGAAUGGGCAAUAAUGUAUAAGAUCGCGCAAGGAAACCAACCCCACCUCCCGACGCCAGACCAAUUGAGCGAAAUGGGUAUCGACUUUAUCAAACGCUGCUUUGAAAUUGAUGCCGCCAAGAGACCUAGUGCCGUGGAGCUUUUGCAGCAUGAUUGGAUCGUUACAAUUCGACGACAAGUGGUUGCCGAGCCGCAGACUCCAAGCAGCGAGGGUGGAAGUAGCCAUACUUCAAGCUCGACGAGCAGCAGGCAGAAUUCAAGCAUGUUUUAA